GCGGUUAAGUGUGCAGAAACAGUUUUGCUUUCGCGGCGAUGGGAUUCGGUUGUAGGACGAUCCGAGGAUUGAAUUCGUGAACGAAGAUACGAGCUGUCGGGUUGAGAAUUGGUGUGAAAAGUGUCGGUUUCUUGUGUCGGGAUUGUGCACCAAGGAUUCCUGGUUGGAGAACAGGGGAGUGAAUUGGAGGUGCGUUUAUGGGGUACUGGUAGAUGGAGCAUAGAGGCGUGGCGGCCGAGCAGCAGGAGCAUCAGUAGCGAUCAGCGAUCGUCGGGGCCCUGAGUGGGCUCCUGAUCACUCGACGGGGACGUCGGCACCGGGGUCCGUGCUCGCGAGGGUGGGCGGCGUUGUAGCGCCGCGAUGGCCGCGACCGACGGUCAGAUCGUGGUUGCGGCGGCACGUUGGGCCGAGGAAGCGACGUACCUUCGCGAAUUCGUCUCCAAGUACCGUCUCCCUGCGGUGAUCAAGAUCACGAAGGGCCAGUACGGAGGGCUGGGGGUUCCCACACUGCCCGCGCCUAGUUUGCAGAGCACGGCGCUGCUGGUGUCCGCGGGACGUCGACGGAAGAUCGUCGCGCAGGCGGUGAAGAUCAAAGAGGGUCGCAGGGUGGUGGGUGUGGGGCCCAGGCUGGCUAUACCCGACUCUUACGCGGGUUAUUUCGAGAUCUUGAGCGAAGAAGGAAGAGCUGUGCGAGGGAUGGAGUCUGUGAACGAGCUGUGUCGACGUUGCCCUGACGAGGGGGCUCUGGUCAGGGAGACUGUGCGAGGAAUAGCUUGCAGAGUGGACGACGACUCGGGAAUAGUGGUACCCGAGGGUACGAGGACCCUUGCAGCGGGGGAGACUAUAGUGAUGGCGGGGGAGGUGAGUCUCCCCGGUCGUGGUAGAUUUCUGCGAUGCGUCGACUGUCGGGGCGAGAGCGUGCUGCUCGCGAUGGACCAGCGGGGUCGCUUCAGCGCUCUGGCGCGCGAGGACAACAUAAGCGGCGUCCACACAGCUAGAGCGUUGUUGAGCAAGCGACUGCCAUUAACUGUCAGACUGGUGCACGGCCAGCCGCCCAGGGGAUUGAAGUCGUCGUCGCAGUUUGUCCCAGAACUGAGGCUGUUGUCCACGUUCGAAGAAGAGCACGUAUUCGCCUUGCCUCUGCAGAGAGAGGGAGCGGCGGUGGCGUUGCCGCUUGCAGCUCCGCUGAAGCUAGUGAAGGCGAGAAACGAAGAGGCUCUCAGGUCCAUGCAGGAGUUCACGAGGCUGGUGGAGCGCGCGUCCCGCCUCGUAGCCGACGUGGCGGAUCGCGCACACGUUCUAGAUGGUCGUUUAGGCGAGAGCAAACCCUCCAGGCAGACCAGAAGCGGCUCAGGCUUCCUCAGGCGGUCCUCAACGAACUCUGACAACGGACCUCUGAACCACCACAGGAACAACGCCAGCCACCAUCAUCAUCACCAUCAUUAUCAUAGCAACGGGCAUCAAGCGUCAUCAGGUCACGCGGCAUAUCGAGACGAGAAUCGUGUCCCUCCGUCAGCAUGUACGGAAGAGUACGACGAGAUAGAUCAGAUUUACGACUACGUCCGCGGAUUUGCGCCUCUGCCUAAAAGCGUCAGGUCACCCUACGAAAGUCCUCUGCCAGGCACACAGGGCUCCAGUCCUCCGUUGACACCUGUCACAGUGACGAUCGCGCCCUUGUUGGACGACAGACCGGAACCACCGCCCAUAGAAACCAUUCCCACGAAGAAGAUUCAGGCGGAGAAGAGGACGAGGCGCGCCGUCAAAGAGGCCCCCCAGCCUAGAGUCGAAAAGCCGCCCCUGGCCAAACUCUACGUGAAGAACAGCGGCACUCAAAGAGGACGCCCUUUGAUGAGGCAAAAGAGUGCGUCGCCGUUGAAGGAGACACCUCCUGGGUACAAGGGUGGAUCUCCGCUUUUUAAUAUACGAUACAAGAGCCUGACGAACCUUCAACAGGCCAUGGAGCUGGAUGGGACACUGGACUCCAGCCAUUCUGGAGGCAGGACUUCGGGGGACUCCGGUGCUGGUGCUAAGCUGCCGGAAAAAAGAUCGCGGCGUCUGAGCAGACCUCGUUCGUUGACGAAUUUAGUGUGGGAGCUACGCGGAGGAAGUGGCCUUGGCUGCACGAGACCGGAAACCCCGCCACCUGCCACAGCGGCACCGUUGCCACCGACUAAAUGCGGACCACGUCUCGCUGUCACCGUAGUGGCACCUCGACGUGUCGGCACGCUCUACCUCUAACUCGUGAGUAACGCUUAAUUCGAACCGACGAAGGGCUGAAAGAAGGCAAAGAGCGGUCCGAAUGGGACGCCAUGGAUCUCCGAUGUCUUCAACUAAUCAAAACUCGUAGCCAGAGCUCAAGCAACGGAGACGGACCAGUGUCCGCCGACUUAAUCGACCACUUGUCCUUUUAAUCGAUAAACCGCGGCAGCCAUUCGAACGCGUAGCUUUUAAUCUACGAAUCGAACCAUUCCGAACCGUGGUCGCAUUUUUCUACGAGGAAUCGAGGCUCGCGAAAGCGUGAACGAGCUAGAAUGAUCUGCAUGAACAGAGAAAGAAUUUUUGCGAAACGUUCGUCGCGCAGACGUCAGUUGCGGUGGUUCUCCCUUUCAGGGAACGAGGUAGGAUCAUCUGGUGGUAGUAGGUAACAGAUGAAGGUGAAAAGAGGAUUGAAAGUGGGACUUGAAAGUGGGAAUCACUGCAUCUAGAAUGAGAGAAACAGAUCAGGGAAGGGAGACCUCUGUAGCUACUCGAGAUUUUCUACUCGAAGACGAAGUGGACCAACAGUGAUGCGUAACAGGAGAGUCUGGAAGAAUAGUCCUUAGGGAUUCUUCUACAAGGACUUGAGAAAGUGGCCUUGAUAUCACAGAUGUGAGAGAUUAGUCAGAAUGAAGAACGUCUUAGCAAAUUGCCUUAAUACUAUGACUGUGAGAGAUUGGUCAAAAUAAAUAAGUCUUGUUCAAGCUACCUUUGUAGCUACAAGGUCUUCUGAUUCCUGUAUCUAGAAAGAAAGGAAACCUCUGUAGCUAUCGAAUCAAGAGUUCGUACUCAAAGUGACCGACAUGCGUAACACAAGGCGUGUUGGAGAACAAUUGGAGUCCCCUAGGGAUUCCCCUACGAAGACUUAGAAAAGUUGCCUUAAUACUACGGGUGUAAGGGAUUAGGUCAAAGUAAACAGAUCUCGUUUGAACAACCCUCGUAGCUACAGAGUUUCCGAAGAUCAGUGUUAAUCCAGCUUCCAUUCAUUGCUGAGGAUGGAGCACACUCAACGAAUUUAGAUAUCGAAAAGAUCGUAAAGACAGGAUAACGUAGAAAGUAAGAGUGAGCGUAUGGAAGACUUUACGGAUCACGAGACUGCUUCUCAGGAAGGGGAAAGCGAGGAUUACGAACGAACGACUCAGAAGGCGCUUCUCGUGCCCCAUAGGGAUCACGGAAUCGCUAGGCACACGCUACUAGGCAGCGAGAUCAUUCACGUUGAAAACGCGCCGUUAGUUUAAUCUACUAAGGAGCGUUAGUUAAGGAUACGAAUGCCAUAAUAAUGACCAAGUUUUGUGGUUGUACUUAAGUCAUACUUUUACACUUUACUGUUUACGUUAUUAAGGGCUAAUUAAGUACGUAAGUUGCAUAAUAUUCUAUCGACGGAGUGUCUUGUAUCGAUUUAACAUUAGGCCUCUGUUUUCUUUAUUUUUUUUUUUUUUUACGGUUCCAUAUUGGCAGAUAACGCGGAUAGGGACACUCCCGACUCGCUGGAUAGAAAUUAGACAAGAUGAGACUCUGUGCCUUUUGUACUUCCCCUCGUUACAGCGAAUGCUACCAAAAUGAUCUUUACGCGAGAAUUGAUUUUGAGCCUCGACUAAUGGGUUGAAAUAACUCACACGGUGCCUUCGUAGAUCCCUAAUUGGCUACAGUAAGUCCUCCGUUUGGGUCUACAUGUCCCACAGCUCAUUUUGUCCAUAUGUGCACAGCAUAUACAUACGUACUUUGAUACAAUUUUAGGCGAGUUGAAACCUAGUUUAGAAUCACCUUGCAACGAUUCUACACGUCCAACCUAAGCUAUUAAACAUGUAAUGCGUGUUUCCCCCUUCCCCCCAUCAGUCGAGGAUUCAGCGAGUGGUUGUCGGUUGAAAAACUUGCCAGCAACGGGAGUCUCGAGAUAUCCGUUAUCAGUGCAUUUACAUCCGUCCCGGCGAUUCCACGAACGUGGACGAAGGCCUGUGACACCCAAGACGGUGCGAGGGAACCGCUUAACGAACUCUUUUAUCGGAAGUCAGGUAUCGAGACCGCCUGUCGUUUAAUGGUCCUGGCCACACGACGCGCUCUGGACCUUGGUCUCGCUUUUGUGAUUAUUAUUUAAGUACAUGUUAAGCGUAUACUAGGUUAGGCUAGGCUUUUCACAAUAUCUCCUUAUGUACUUGAGAAAUUUACGUUCCCCCCUUCUUCUCUCGCUCGAAGAAAUUCUGCGCGACCUCCGCUACACGACCCCCGUGCCACCUGUACAACCAUCGUGGAUAAUAGUAAAGCCGUUUUAUAGAGGGCGUGGAAUUUCGUGGAACUAAGCGAGGCGAGAUUCGUGCAUUUAUACGUUUAGAAGAAAUAAAAUCAACCAAGAUUUUGGAGGACGAUUUUACCUCCGCCUCCGCCAUGGAGUCCGCGGGUGACCAAUUAGGUCGGUGAAACAGUUUGACGAUAAGAACACGUUUAAUCCGUACGACGUACUAGCUCUUACAGUUCUGUAACAUAAGUUUUCUAGCCCGUAACGUUAAGAAGGUGUAGAUUUUUGAUUCUCAUGAUAAACAUUCUAUUUUGCGUAAUGAAUUUGAGGGAGAAGGCACUCGGUCCCCUUUACGAUGGAACUCUGCGCGUUAUAAUUGUUCAGGAAUUGAGAACGAGUAUCACGUGCGCAGAGGUUCGCCGAGAUUUUGCCAGGAGAACGGAUUGCAGUGUUGCCAGUGUUCACGUUGUCCCCUAAAAGUCCCUAGUCUUUCGUUGUAGUCGUUGCACAUAGAUUCCAAAAUUCCUGUAAUAACGGGAACCCCUUUUAGAACCGUUCGAGCUUCUCCAUGGAGAAGCUGUAGAGCUUCCCGUAUCCAGAGCUGUAGAACUAGUGUGUACGACUAUCUCUCCCACACCUUUUAUUUGUGCACAUGUAACUCUUGUUUUUUCCUACCGCAUUUUUGUCACAAUUCUUCUUUCUCGGUUCUCUUCAAGUCUAGUUGUUCACAGGGCAUUGGGUGCAUCAUUUUCUCGCAUUUUCCUCUUGUGUUUUAUCGCGACGAGAUGGCGCGGCGGUUCCCAUCAGUGAUUAAUGUUAUCAUGGUGAAAUGCUCGAUGCGUAAGGGUCGAGGAUCGUUGUGCCUUCGAGUGCGCAUGUUAACGAUCGUAAGGAUUACAGACAUCCACUUUGUGAUUCCGUAAACAGUUGUUCAGUGUUUUUUUUUUUUUUUAUACUUAAUGCUUAUCUAGGAUAGCUUGUGUACCCUAAAGAGUGUUUCAAUAAAAUUGACAAUGAAAUCAA